AUGUCCAAAAUGAAGGUCUUCAUCAGCUACUUUUGCAUCGUAUACAAGGAGCUGACGGAGGUCGACCUCGCUCUCAAGCACCAGGAGAUCCUCUUCAAGAGCGACCUCGAGGACGAGCACGAACGCGCCAGGCUGCUUGCCAUCGAAUGGGUCAUGUGGUGGCGCGACUCGGUCUUCGACCCCAAUGGAUGCAUGGCGUCUUCGCUCGUUGGCUACGGCUGCAGGAGGCCCACCGUCGCCGGCUGCCUCAAGUACGCCUGGGUCGACGGACGAGUGCUCUGGCUCAAGGUGACCAUGGUCGACUGCCUGUUCUGCCUCAAGCACCUCGAACUUUGCCACACCAUCGUGUCCGACGACGAGCGCCCCGACGAAUGCUGCGUCGUCGACAGCACUGGCGUCUCGGACCCGACCUUCGACGUCAAGAAGACGGGCCUGUCCACGGAUCCGGAGCCGGCGUUCGACGACCCCGCCCACUACCAGCCCAUCUUUGGCUGGUCGCUCCUCGAGGUGAAGCAGUAUGCCAUCCUUGCUCACGGCCCCGACCUCUGA